AUGUCUAUAAAUCUUGAUGGUUUAUCAGUACGAGAUAUGAUGUAUUACCGUGAAGCGCUUCAGCUUCAAUUCUUUCUGGAAUCUGGUAGUUAUCGAAACAUGGACUUAAAUGAAAAGGAGAAGAAAGCAUUCUUUGAUCGUGCUCAAGCUCUAGUUGAUCUGAAAUUCACUUAUGUUGUCUCAUGCCAAGUCUAUGGUGCUCAGAAGAAGUAUCCAUAUCUACGUGUUGCUUACAUAGAUGAAAGAGAGGAGACAGUAAAUGGGAGGGCCCCAGAAGUUCUUUUACUCAGUUCUCGUGGAGGGAGGAAAUCUAUUGAAUCAAGCUUCCAGGUCCUGCAACAGCAAUUGGGGAAGGAAAACCCGAGAAUCAAAAUCAUGCCAUUAUUUUCACUCGUGGACAAGCUCUGCAGACCAUAG